CAUUCACACACACACACGUUCACCCGCUGAACCGAACUACAGAACUCUGCCAUAGUCAUCAAUAGCAGCGAGCAACUGUUUCGCCCCGUCGUCUUUCUUCCUCUUCCGUGCUUCAUCACCUGACCCCUUCUCCUCUCCCCCUCCCCGGUAAAGCUGACGUCUCUUCCACCCGCAACCGUACCACGCGACAACAUGCAGUCACCGUGCGUAUUCCUGUCGGCAGAGCACAUCGAAGCAGCGGCUGCAGCCGGCAGCUUGCGGAGGCAGCUUGAAGACCGUGGGCUGCACGUGUACUACGAUGGCUCUCAGCAGCACCCAGACGCAGCAACGCAGGCCAUUUCGCGGGCACAUGUCAUCAUCAUUCUUGGCACGAAGCAGUACGGCAAACGCACGUCGACGCUCUUCAACACGCAUGAGGAGCUCCGUUGCAUCUUGGAAGCGCAAAAGCCGGUCCUGCUGGUGCACAUGUGCAGCAACUUCAAAUACGCAUCGACGCAGAGCCUGCUCUCGUUGACCCCGCACCACUCAUUCGUGUGGUUGCCACAUGCGGGCCAGGGCAGCAGUGCCGACACGUCCCCACCUCCACCUCGCCCGUUGCUCAGCACAAUCGAGGGCAUGGUCGCCGAGUAUCACGGGACAGAUCAGCUCCGACGACCCACCGAACAGGGCACGGGGCCCAAAACCACAAGGGCCGAGCACGUGCACUCACCUCUGCCCAUCAGGCGCGUGGCCAGCCUCGGUGCCCUGCACUUUGGCAGCGGCAGGACCGCAAGCGGAGCCAAGCACCACGUUGACGGCAUGUACCGGGACAAGCCCCACAUGCACGACAGAGAAGGUCAAUCCUCAUCUCCAACUCACAGCAGCAACAGCAGCGGCAGCAGCAGCGGCAGCAGCAGCGGCAGUGGCGUCAACAACAACCACGGCGCCACUCCCAGCGACGAAGCGACACCCGUUGCUGGUGCCAGCAGAGAAUUCGGCUGGGCCACUGCGGUGCUCAGUGGCGUGGUGCUCCACAGGAAGCAACAUGAUGUUGUGGCCACUGGGCUCAGUGCCCUCGUUGCCAGUAUCAAAGACGGCAACGAAGAGCUGGCGUCGUACGUUGUUGGGCACGAGGGUGCUGCGGAUGUGAUCGUGGCAGCAAUGCAGGAGCACGUGCAUGACCUGGAGCUGCAGCGUGCAGCUACGUUCCUCCUCUGCCGCAUGGCAGCAAGUGCAAAAAGGCUCACAGCAGCCGUCAGCACGACGGCACUCAUGACACGUCUGGCGUCUCGCCAUCAUCCUCAACAUCCUGUCCACAGCAGCGCUGGCAGAGUGCGGGACAGUGGUGCGUGCGGCCUUCCACGCGAAAGCGUGAUGGCAACAUUGCUGUCCAUGUGUGCGCAUCAAGAGGACGCUGUGUUACAAACCCUCGGCUGCGAAUUGCUGUGCUCAGUGAGCGAGGAGUGCCCAGACAUGCGCUCGCUCCUGUUCCAGCUUGGCGCCACCGACGUCCUCAUCUCUGCCAUGACGCAGCACCCAGGGGUCGGCUACUUGCAGCGGGCCGGCAGCACGCUCCUUCGCGACAUUGUUCGGCACAUGAAGCCAAGCCCUCACGUCGCGGCAAGCGCUGUUGCGGUACUGCACGCGGUAAUGACCGCUCUGCGACUGCGUGUGCAGGACGUUGGCUUGGUGGAUGUUGGUCUCGAAUGCUUUGUUGCUUGCGUGGCAACCUUUCAAACAUCCUCCUACAUCGCCGAAACCACACACUGCACGGUGCGAGAGGCCCUGCUGCUGGUGUUGUCUGUGAUGGCCCAGCACGCCGACAAGGCUGCCAUCCAGGUGCAAGCGCUUGUUGUGCUGGAGAAGCUCAUCCCGCUGAUCAAGCGGGGCGAUGCGGAACUUGAGGCGAUGGUUCUGCGCAGCGCUGCCAUGGCCAUCAGCCACUUCCCCUCCAACAGGCAUCUCCAGCAACACACGGAGCGCGUGCUGCGGUUAUGCGCAUAGGCUCGGCUGGAUUGGAUGUUUGCUCUCUUUGAAGUCUUUUGUGCACAGCUUGCUUGCAGGUUAGAAACACAGGCACGUCAUGUGUCAUGCAUGUCAUGUAUUGGUACAAUAAACGAUCGCAAAGCAAGAUGUAAUCAAGGGGAGUGUGUGUAGGGACAGCAGUGGCAU